AUGGCCGAGGUCCAUCUCUUUCACGAGUCUCAUGUACCAUGGAUCCAAAGUGUCUCCGACCUGGCCACCUCCGGUCACUUCCAGAUUGCGUUCUUGGUCAUUUCGUUCUUGUGGACUGCAGCCAGUAUCCGAGCCUCCAAGAGGAUCAAGGUCGCCCCCCACCACCUCAAGGCAUCCCAGAUAUCCGUCGGUUUUGAGCUCUGCUCGCAGAUAAGUCGUGCAUGCGCGUUAGCCUUCAUCAUCGUUGCUGCGGUCAGGGGCGAUACUCAGCAAUGGUUCAAUGUUGCGCUCGUCGGCUGUGCCUUUGUCUUCGGCCUCACCAGGCUCGCUAGCGACUUGCGAUGGCGCCAUACUGCCCUGCACCAGGUGAAUUUUCUCCUUGGGACAUCGCUUCUGCUAUUGGCAGCCGGCGAGGUUCUGCCGUUGUUGGAGAUUAGCUCAACGUACCGUCCUGACGAUACGGUCAUUGGUGCCCUUGCUUCUCUCGCAGCUGCCAAUUUCGUGGCAAUCAUUACACCUAGAGAAUGGGCGCCGCCUCCGGUAAUUUUUGACCUCAUGAACGGCCCUGAGAAUGUCGCCCCUGCCCCAGAGGAGACCUGUAGCUGGUGGAAUCUUUACUUCACCUUCGAAUGGCUCACUCCUCUGAUCUGGAAGGGUUGCCGAAGGGCAGUCGACAUGGACGAGCUUCCACCUCUGCCGUGGUACGACGAGCCCCUGUAUCUUCUCUCGAGGAUCCUACAAGCACGCGAAAAGAGCAGCGACACCUUCUGGACAGUCAUGCGCUUCUUGCGCAAGGAAAUUCCUCUGAUGGCCUUCUUUUCAGGCACAUGUUAUGCGAUCGAGCUUGUGGCACCCUUUGCGAUGUACCAACUCCUAGCCUACCUCUCGAAGCCUGACCAGGCAACGCUUAGCCCUGCGAUCUGGCUCUUUCUAUUAUUCGCUGGCCCUAUGGCGAAAACCGUCCUCUUUCAGCAGUACAUCUUCACGUCCACUCGAUUAAUCAUCCGUGUCAAAGCCGCCAUGACGCAGGAGCUAUACCACCGGGCAAUGUCCUCAAUGGAGCUGGACGGAGACGUCCUGAAUGAUGCCAAAGGCCAGGAGGCUACGGCAAAAAAGACUACACACGCCGGCCAGUUGCAAAAUCUGAUGUCUGGCGACAUCGAUGCGAUAUGGCAGGCCCGAGAUAUUGUCUUGAUAGGGAUAGGGGCCCCUACAGGCACGCUGGUUGCUUUUAUAGGUCUCUACUCGAUCCUGGGCUGGCCAGCGCUUAUCGGCUCUGCGCUCAUCGUAAUUGCGAUACCUAUUCCGACAUAUGUCGCUCAAUUGAUGGGCAAGAGCCAGCGCCAAGUCAAGGCAACGCAAGACGCUCGGAUAUCCCUGAUUUCCGAGUACCUUGGCUCAAUUAGAGCUAUCAAGUACUUUGCCUGGGAAGACGCCAUGGCAAAAGUGAUUGACAAUGCUAGAGACGCGGAGCAGAAAGUACUGUGGAGAAUUGCUGUUCUCUACACAUUGCUGGGUGAAGCGGUAGAGUUCAUGCCAAUGGUUUCUCUAGUUGUCAUGUUCACUCUGUAUACCAGCGUGGUCAAAGAACCCCUCACGGCUCAAGUUGCUUUCACGGUGCUAUCGCUUGUUGCCACGAUGAGAAACAACAUCGCCAUGUUUGGCUAUCUUUCAAAGAACGUUACCAAUGCCUGGAUCUCUUUCGACCGCCUCAACAGGUAUUUCAACAACACGACACCACUGAUAACUUACCCUGAAGGACCGCUGCGAAUCGAAAAGGCCACCUUUAGGCGGAACAAGAAGGCGGAAUUCACCCUCAAGGACGUGUCAAUAGACUUUGUCGAAGGAGGCCUAAAUACCAUUUUUGGAGCCUCUGGAAGUGGCAAGACCACCUUGCUGCUCUCCAUUCUGGGGGAGACUAUCAAGGAGUCAGGCUCGGUGACAAGGCCUGAUGAUGUCGCCUUCUCCUCCCAGACCACCUGGCUUCAGAGUGCAUCUAUCAGAGAUAAUAUCCUGUUUUCCAGCCCCCUAGAGGAGGUCCGCUAUAAACGCGUCAUCGAGGCAUGCUGCCUCCCACUGGACCUUUCAGAGCUUCCCGACGGUGACGAGACGGAAGUGGGAGAGAACGGAACGGCAUUGUCGGGCGGUCAAAAGGCACGUGUCGCCCUUGCACGAGCCCUCUACUCCAAAGCCCCACUGCUCCUCCUGGACGACAUCUUCUCCGCGCUCGAUGCGAAGACCACUGCUUCCGUAUGGGAGCAAUGCUUCUGCAGUGAUCUGCUGAAGGGCCGCACGGUCGUCCUCGUAACCCAGGUUAAAUGGAUUGCCGAGCAGGCCGACCUACAUGUAGUGCUUGAGAACGGCGUGGUUACCGGUCAGGAGCAGCAAAUCGGCGUUGUCCGCAAGCCCGUCCAAGUCGCCAAGGACGCCAUCGAGGGUGACGGAGCUGACGCUACAGUUGCUGCCAAUGGAAAUGGGGUCAACGGGGCCAAUGGCAGCGAGGCAGCGAAACCUCUUGCCACAUCGAAGCCAAAGAAGGACGAUAUCGCGAAGGAAAUGGAGGCGACCGGAAAAACUGGCAGAAUGUCGUUCUUCCAGUACAUGACUUAUUUCGGAGGCCCUGCUUAUGCUAUCUUCACGAUUCUUGCAACAGUUGCUGGUAUCGCAUUGUUGCUAGCUACGACUCUGUGGAUCAGUGUCUGGGUCGACGCGGUUGAUCGAGGUGAUGCUGUUGAUGUUGGCUAUUACUUGGGAAUCUACACGGCGAUAUCGGUCGGGAAUCUUAUUUUGGACGGCCUGAUCUUUCUUGUCUACGCCAACGGUGGUUGGCAGGCUGCGAAGACGCUUCACGCCCAGUUUGUCCGCAGCGUCUUGAAUGUCUCACUUGCAUGGUACAAGGACACACCCACCGGCCGCGUCAUCAACCGGUUCUCUCGCGAUAUGGCCUCUCUCGAUAACCAACUCUCCAGGAUGCUCCAGGGCGCCCUGCAGCUUGCCGUCGAGCUGGUGUUUCGUUUGGGUGCCGUCACAGCCAUCAUGCCCAUCUUCAUCCUGCCCGGACUGUUCAGCUGCAUAGUUGGCCUCGCAGCAGGUGAAAUGUACACGCGGACUGCAGUGGUGGUGAAGCGACUGGUAUCUUCCUCUCAGUCACCUGUCUUCUCCCAAUUCAACGACGAUAUGGCUGGGAUCCAGAUCAUCCGUGCCCGCAAGGGCAUGCCCAAGAACUUCGGUAACCUUCUGGCGGAGCGUCUACGCCCAUACAAUCGUGCCAGUGAGACAAACUACAACCUGAACCGCUGGGUCGGCCUGAGGAUAGAUUUCGUCACUGCCCUGGUCAUGGCCUGCGCAGGUGGCAUUGCCAUUUCAAAGGUCGGCAUGAUCCCUGCCGGGCUCGUGGGCUUCUCGCUUACGAACGCGAGCGGCCUGUCGUCGACAAUCCUGUACUUGGUGAGGAUCGCGAACGAGCUCGAGGUAGAACUGCAGAGCUUCCACCGCGUGCGGGAGUACGCGUCACUGGAGCCGGAAGAGAAGACUGAGGAUGCCGCCGCCCCCGUCCCCGUGCCCGAGCAACACCACCAGGUCACGGAGGUCCCGGCAUCGUGGCCCGCCACAGGAGCGAUCGAGUUCCGCAACGUGACGAUCCGUUACGACCCGGACGGGCCGGACAUCCUGAAGGACAUCAGCCUGAAGUUCGCGGCGGGCGAGCGCGUGGCGGUGGUGGGGCGCACGGGAUCGGGCAAGAGCACGCUGGUGCUGUCGCUGCUGCGGUUCACGCACAUCGUGCGCGGGCAGAUCCUGUACGACGGCGUCGACAUCACGUUAAUCCCGCGACGACGUCUCCGCCACUCGCUCACCAUCAUCCCGCAGGAGGCCGUCCUCUUCAACGGCACCGUGGGCACCAACCUCGACCCCGCCGGCGUCAUAGCCCCGGACGUCAUCGAGAACGCCCUGGCGAGCUGCGCGGGCAUCGCGAGCUUCAAGUUCCGCGACCGCGACGGGCCCAGGCCCGGCGGCGGGGAGGAUCAAGAAGAAGGUGAGGAGCCUUCCGCCCCGGCAAUACCAAACGAGCAGACCCCGCUCCUGAGCGGCCUCUCCACGCCGGACGCAGAGGCCCUGUCGUCGUCGGCGGCGGGGUUGUCACCAUCGACGACUGUAGACGCAAAGGGCGAGAACUUCUCCCACGGCCAGCGGCAGGUGCUGUCGCUGUGCCGGGCGCUGGUGCGCAAGUCCAAGCUGAUGCUGCUGGACGAGGCUACCGCGUCCAUGGACUACGAGACGGACCACGGGAUCCAGGCGGUGCUGCGGCGUGAGAUAUUCGGCGAGUCGGACGCCGGGAGGACGCUUGUGACCAUUGCGCACCGGCUGCGCACUAUUGCUGACUAUGACCGGGUUGUGGUUAUGGGUGGCGGUAGAGUUCUUGAGAUGGGGUCGCCCAAGGAGCUGUUCGAGGCGAAGGGUACUUUCUACGACAUGGUGCAGCACUCAGGCGAGGUCCAGGAGUUACAGCAUGUCUUUGGCGAUUCAGAGUAA